GAUAAUAGUUAAAGAAAUGAUUCCCAUUGCGACCAGUAUACUUGUGAUGCCUUUUGCAAUGAUUUUUGUGGCAGUGACGAGAGACGCCCACAUUCAAGUGCAGGCAAAUGAGCAUCAUGUGGACGCCAACGUUAAACCGGAAUUCAUUCGAUAUGCGGUAGAAAGCAUUCCUUGGGAUAAUGACACCUGGCCCAUAGUCCGUUUUAAUGCGCGACCCGUGUUUGGAGACGAAUUUUUACCACUGCGCACCGCCGUAGAGAGUGUUCCUACAGUAAAUCAAAGAAACGUGAUAAAGCUAAGGGACUCUUCUAGUACACGAUCUUUUGUGCGCGAUUCCGUAGAGUCAGUGCCAAUAGGCGAACAGAAACUCGCCCGCUUUGGGAGCUUUAUUAAGAAUUUCGACCUAGGUGCGAACAUUAACAGUGACAAGCUAACCCAUGGGUUAGAUCCUGAUCCUUGGCCAGUUUCCGACAAAUACACAGCUUUCAUUACUCAAGAAAACUCAGAGGACUUUUAUUCGCAGCCAUACCGCGCCGGUUCCCCUCAUCAGAAAUUGCUUAAAACCGUUAAUAUCGAACAGAUGGAUCAGAAUGAUACAGAGCAUCAGUCGAACGGCACAUUAGAGCAAGUCGGUUUGCUAAAUCAGCAGUGGUAUCGAACUCUACCACCAUUAAAAAGGAAGUACUUUAAAAAGGCAUCCAAAGUUCUUUGUUACAUGUCAAACUGGGGAUUUUACCGAAAAGGAGGAGGUCAUUUUGUGCCGGAGCAGAUAGACUCUAAGCUCUGCUCUGUUAUUAUUUAUUCGUUCGCUUCCCUGGAUCCCGACCUCCUUACCAUUCGAGAGUUUGAUCCCUGGGUUGACUUGGAUAACCAAUACUACCGUCGGGUGACAUCGCUGGGAGUGCCCGUAUUAAUUGCUUUGGGUGGCUGGACAGACUCUACUGGCUCCAAGUACUCACGCUUGGCCAGCGACAACAUCAAGCGGCAGGUUUUCGCAUCCAGCGCGACCAACUUCCUACAACGUCACGGAUUUAGCGGCCUGCACUUGGACUGGAACUACCCGAAAUGCUGGCAGAGCGACUGCUCUAAGGGACCUGUAAGCGACAGGCCCAACUUGACCAAGCUUCUCCGCGAGCUGCGUACAGAGUUUCAGCGUGUUAACCCGAAAUUUCAAGUGGGAGUGGCCAUCUCCGGCUAUAAGGAGGUUAUAACGGAGGCCUACGAAAUUUCAGCUUUGUCAGACAUAGUGGACUACAUGACAGUAAUGACGUACGACUACCAUGGUGCCUGGGAGCGGCAAACAGGUCAUGUGAGUCCGCUUUAUGGCUCAUCAUCGGACAAGUAUCCCCAGUACAAUACUGACUACACCAUGCAACUAUUGUUAAAUAUGGGCGCAAGGAGGGAUAAACUAGUUUUGAGCAUUCCAUUCUAUGGGCAAAGUUUCACAUUAGAAAGAAGUCACCUCCAGCUGGUUGGAACAGGCAUUUCGGCCAUUGGACCUGGGGAAGCCGGAGAAUUUACAAACCAGCCGGGAAUGCUAGCUUACUACGAGAUAUGCAAGCGCAUAACGAAGUCUAAGUGGUCGAGUGAUCCGGAUGCAAGCCUGAGUUCCGGUCCGUAUGCCAUGCUGAACGACCAGUGGGUGGGAUAUGAGGAUCCGACAAGUGUCCAAGCCAAAGCUCAAUAUGCAGCGAAUAACAACUUUUCAGGAGUGGCAGCUUGGACUGUUGAUCUUGACGAUUUUCAAAAUGGCUGUUGCAGCGAGUCUUACCCCCUACUUAGGGCUAUUAACAGGGCAUUGGGACGCUUAGAUUUAAAACCGCCUACUCAAACGAACUGUGAGCGUCCGACGUCAGUGGUCACGCCCAUUGCCCCCCAAAUGACAACGAUGAAUAGCGAUGGCUCUGCGGGAUCGGGACAGAAUCACGAUCACACUACUUCAUGGCCAAUUUGGGAGGCCAGCACUAGCCUCAUCUUCAGCACUACGAGAAAGCCAAGACCUGCAAGUACAACUAAAAAAGCAAAGGUUACAACCACUGCCAGCAGCUCUGUCUCCUGGUGGAUUUCGACAUCAGCACGUCCGAACAGGCCUACGAGGACAACCUCCAGACCGACUAACACGAUCCCCGUGCCUGUAGUGAUGUACCCGGUGGUGCAGGCCUCGAACUGUAAGGGUGGCGAGUUUUACGCUGACUUAAUGAAUUGCAACGUUUAUUAUCAGUGUAUUAUUGAUGGGGAGUUGCUGCAGCAAUUCUGUCCCGGCGGUCUUCACUGGAACAACGAAGCCAAAGGAUGUGACUGGCCGUCCUACGCGCAGUGCUCAGUAGGGCGGGAACAGAAGAGCAGCACUAUCCGCCCUAAACCUGCUUCUACGUCUGAGUCGCCAAAGAACACUACAUAUUUAAAGCCUAGUAGGAAAACGACAGAGCCUUCCGUACAUCAGCAGGUCAGUAGUCCCAAUUGCCAACCGCAAUAUUCGCGUCCACCUCCAUCGGCGAGUUGCAACGAGGGGCAAUACUACACGCACAGAAAUUGCGGAAAAUAUUACAUCUGCGUUAAUGGAGCCUUAGUAGCAAGUGAAUGUGGCGGAGAAUUGCACUGGGACGCAAUUAGUAAAAUCUGCGACUGGCCAGAGAACGUACAGUGUGUUACAAGUAUAAAAUAUUUGAAAACCAUUCAUGCGAGUCGCGCCAACGAGGAGGAUCCGUGUAACGGAGAAGAGCGAGUACCUUAUCCUUCUAAUUGUUCCAAAUAUCUCUUUUGCUUAUGGAACCGCCUUCAGGCCGGUGACUGUCCACCGGGAUUGCACUAUAGUGAGGCAAUCACCAAAUGCGACUGGCCAGCAGCAGCGAAAUGCAUUCAGGACUCUGGUAAUGGCACCGAAGGAGCUGGAUCGAGUGGUAGUACAAAGCCUCCGGCACUAGAUAAUCCAGCAACCACUACCCAAAAGCCCAACACAAUUCCCAGUUUAACCUACCCCACUGGAAACCCAGAACUCAAGCCCCUUGACGGCUACUAUAAAAUCGUCUGCUACUUCACCAACUGGGCCUGGUACCGCAAGGGCCUAGGUCGCUAUACUCCUGACGACAUAAACACGGAACUGUGCACUCACGUAGUUUAUGGGUUCGCGGUGCUGGACUACGCCGAACUUAUUCUGCGCACGCACGAUGCCUGGGCUGACAUUGAAAACAACUUUUACACGAGGGUCAGCAGUCUUAAAAACAAAGGCAUUAAGGUGAGCUUGGCGCUCGGUGGAUGGAACGAUUCGCAAGGCGACAAGUACAGUCGUCUUGUAAGAAGUCCGUCCGCACGGGCUCGCUUCGUACGCCAUGCUGUCGAGUUCAUUAAAAAAUAUGGCUUCGAGGGUCUUGACCUAGAUUGGGAGUACCCAGUUUGCUGGCAAACGGAGUGCGAUAAGGGGUUUAAUGAGGAAAAAGAGGGGUUUACCGCUUGGGUUCGGGAGCUCUCUGCGGCGUUUAAGCCUCAAGGACUUUUGUUGUCUACCGCAGUCUCGCCUAGCAAAAAAAUCAUUGAUGCAGGGUAUGACGUUCCCCAGCUAUCUCACUUAUUUGAUUGGAUCGCUGUGAUGUCAUACGAUUUCCACGGGCAAUGGGACAAAAAAACUGGACACGUGGCACCUUUGUACCAUCAUCCCGGUAAUAAAUUUGAAUAUUUUAACGCGAACUUUUCGCUAAGCUAUUGGAUCGAAAAGGGAGCCCCAUCUCGCAAAAUCGUAAUGGGAAUACCGCUUUACGGCCAAUCCUUCACACUAGAAAGUGCAAACAAAACUUGCUUAAAUGCCAAGGCCUCCGGACCAGGCCAAGCCGGUGAAUUCACAAGAGCCUCUGGAUUCCUUGCUUACUAUGAGAUUUGUGAACGGGUCAAUCACCAGGGUUGGAAAGUUGUUCACGAUGAACUUGGCCGCAUGGGUCCGUAUGCCCACAAAGGAACGCAGUGGGUGUCUUACGAUGACGCCGCAAUAAUCCGAAAAAAGUCAAAAUUGGUGAGGUCAUUGGACCUGGGUGGAGGUAUGGUGUGGGCACUCGACCUCGACGACUUUCGCAACAGAUGCGGGAAUGGCGUGCAUCCCUUGCUUCAUGAGAUCCACGAUGUGCUUAAGGAUUCGCCGAGCUUAUUUGAACCAACAAAUGGCUCAACUCUAGUCGAUUUAACAUCUGUGGAGGAGCAAUUCAUUUCAACUUCUUCGGUUGAAGUCGAAAUCGGUGGAGAGUUAGCGGAAGCAGUUGGAGUAGCGGAGACUGAAAUUAUUGGCGUCGAAAGCGUAGAUGAAGGCGUACAACCUGUAGAUUCAGUAACGGAGGACAGCAACGAGGGAGAACCAUUAGGGACCUUACAAGAAAACGAAGUCGAUCCAAACGCUGACGUUGAGAUGGGAAACUUAUUAAUUAAUUAUGGCCACCCUACCCAUGGUACUGGGAUUUCUAAUGACUUUAAGGUCGUCUGCUACUUUACAAACUGGGCGUGGUACCGCCAAGGCGGUGGCAAGUUCCUGCCGGAAGAUAUUAACUCCGAUCUAUGUACCCAUAUAGUAUACGGUUUCGCUGUUUUAAGUCGAGACAGUCUGACGAUUCAGCCUCAUGACUCCUGGGCAGACCUAGACAACAAGUUCUAUGAGCGAGUUGUGGCCUACCGUAAAAAAGGCGUUAAGGUCACCUUGGCUAUAGGGGGCUGGAAUGAUUCUGCUGGCGAUAAGUACGCUCGACUUGUAAGAAAAUCAGAGGCACGAGCGCAAUUCAUCCGCCAUGCCGUAGACUUCAUCGAGCAAUAUAAUUUUGAUGGCCUGGACCUGGACUGGGAGUACCCUGUGUGCUGGCAGGUUGACUGUAAAAGAGGUACUGCAGACGAAAAAAGUGGAUUCACUGCCUUGGUACGGGAGCUAUCGCAUGCCUUCCGGCCGAAGGGCUUAAUUCUUUCCGCUGCCGUGUCCCCCAACAAAAAAAUUAUCAACGCCGCAUACGAUAUUCCCGAGCUUUCUCGCUACUUUGACUGGAUCUCUGUGAUGGCUUAUGAUUACCACGGCCAGUGGGACAAGCGGACUGGGCACGUAUCGCCAAUGUACGACCACCCUGAAGGAACGGUAAACUUUAACGCAAAUUUUUCAAUAAAUUAUUGGAUAUCGAGGGGAACCGACCGGCGGAAACUGGUAAUGGGAAUUCCCAUGUACGGCCAGUCGUUCUCUCUAGCUGAGACGACUAAGCACCAGCUAAAUGCGCCCACCUACGGUGGCGGUGAAGCAGGUGAAGCCACAAGGGCCAUUGGGUUUUUGGCAUAUUAUGAGAUUUGUUCGUAUAUCCGCCAGCAUAGGUGGAACGUUGUAAGGGAUGCAAAGGGUCGGAUUGGACCCUUCGCCUAUAUGGCAGAUCAGUGGGUAUCAUUUGACGAUACACCCAUGGUUCGGCAUAAAAGCGAGUACAUCAAGGCAAUGGGUCUUGGAGGUGCUAUGAUCUGGGCCCUCGAUCUGGACGACUUCAAAAAUCACUGCGGAUGUGAAUCUUAUCCUUUACUUAAAAGCAUUAAUCGCGUGCUCAGAGGUCUUAGCGGUCCACAACCAAAGUGCGUGCUUGAACAACGAGAAAUGACAACGAUUUCAAGUGAUAAUCCUUCCACUAUCAACACUCAAAUAGGUACUCAUCUGUCACUUAAUCCUGCUUCUCAGAAUGCAUUAUUAAGUAACGCUUCUCAGACGGGUUUGGUCAUAAAUUGCGACGAGAAAAUCUAGCUGCUCCACGAACGUGAUUGCAACAAGUACUAAAUUUGCGACCAUGGAAUGCAUGUGGAGCAACGACAUUGACUGGUAAUUAAAAGGUGCCCUAGAAAGGAAUAAUUCCCACGAAGAAAUGCUGAUUAAAACACGAGAAAACGGGUGCUUGAAGGCGGUAUUUUAUUAUAUUAUUAUUAUAUUAUCCCUCUUUCUUUUUCCCAGGAUGUAUUAAAAAAUGUAACGUAGGACCAUUAAAGUUUAAGAAGCAAAAAACAACUGUUCCUGUGAAUAAAUUAGAUUUGUC